AAAAAAUAAAGAGGAAAGACCCGAUACCGAUACAGUAGUUAUCUCCUACAAACAAGUGCAGGAGAGAGCGCAUCCAUUGACGUUGCUCUCGGUGGUGACGAUCAAACGGUUCUGAGUUCACCGGAGAAGAUGAUCGUCUGCGUCGCCGUCGUCGGCCACCAGAACAAUCCUCUUUACAUACAGAGCUUCACGGAGGCCGAUGAUGCCCUAAAGCUUCAUCACAUAGUCCAUUGCUCCCUUGAUGUCGUCGAUGAAAGAGUAAACAAUCCAAAAAAAUCAGGGCCAACACUGAACGAGACAUUUCUUGGUUUGCUUUAUCCAACUGAAAACUACAAAGUGUACGGUUAUUUGACUAACACAAAGGUGAAAUUUAUCUUGGUGACAACAGACCUUGAUGUCCGAGAUGCAGAUGUGAGAAAUUUUUUCAGGAGGUUCCAUUCAGCGUAUGUGGAUGCAGUUUCAAACCCAUUUCACGUGCCGGGUAAAAAGAUAACCUCCAGAACUUUUGCUGAAAGGGUCAGUAACAUUGUCAAGUCGUUUGGGUUGAGUUCAACUGGGUGAAUUAAUGCUGCUGGUGUAGGGCUUAACAUUUUUAAAUCAUCCUUCUUGUCCUCAGUGGAAAUGUUAUAGUGUUUUUUUUUUUUUUUAAACCUGCGUUGGUGUUGGACUUGAUUUAGCUCAAACAAUUUGAGUCUCAAGAAUAUAUUUGAGCAGAAUUUGUAGCAGGGACAACCCAAUUUAAGAUCUUGAAAUUUAAAUUGUAUCAGACAAAAUGAUUGCUGUGCUAUUUGUUUUCUUUUCCUCAUAAGAUGAUUAAUUUUCUUCUGGUUCUCACGUCA